GUUUUGUUGGAGGAAGCACACACCCCCUUGCUUGCUUGUUGUGUUGUCUCUUGUGUCCUGGUGUUGUUUCAGGUCAUUCGAGGUUCGAUCGACUUCCUCUCCCCACCGUCCCCCCUUCCCCUCUCUACAGCCACGCUCACGCCACUGCUGUCAGCCAACCAACCAACCAACAACACAGGCCUCUUGUUGCACUCACGAUGGACAAGGUUGAUGACACAGUGACCUUGUCCGGAAGCGGCAGCGGCGGCGGCGGUGGUGAUGGUGAUCCACCACCCGCGCAGGACACCACGAACACCACGCAUGCCUCAAACGCGGACAAGGACAACGGACAGGCCAUGGACAGCCCGCUGACGCCAGCAGACACACCACUGCCACCUCUCCCACCCACGCCUGCGAAGAACAGCACCACCGACGAUGCGACGGCCAGUGCCAGCGAUGACACAAGUGCGCAGGACUCUGAAGAUCAAUCAGAUCGCGCCCACGAGGACAAACAACCAGCCGAUGAAGAAGCCGAAGAAGAAGAAGCCGAAGCCGAAGAAGAAGAAGAAGCCGAAGCCGAAGAAGAAGCUGAAGAAGACUGUGAGCCGCUCACGAUGCCUGCACCUGAAGAAGACAAUGCGCAGCAGGCGAGCACUGAGCAGCCGCGGGUCCUGGAGGAGGAGCUGGAGUAUGAUGACGGUCCGAAGGAAGCCUUCAACGACGCCGCAGCAGCCACGGAGAACGGCGACACAUGCACGCAGGAGAGUGAUGAUGCGUGCAACAGUGCGGACGCCGACUGCAAGCAAGGUGCCCAGCCCCAAGCCGACGACGCAGAUGAGAGCGCGAGCGAGACAGAGGCAGAGGUGACGCAGUUCUCUCCCAAAGAGUCGGGAUCUGCCGUAGUCAUGCAAGUGAGCACGGGCGACGCAGGCAACGAGCAGACGGCCGAUGUUGAAUGCUCUGUUGAUGACAACACCGCUUCCACGGCAGAUGACACGACGCCAGCAACACCAACAACACCGGCGGUGACCGAGGGCGGCAAUGAAGACAUGGACGCCGUCGCGCUGCAGUCGGAGCGGACGUUUGUGUCUUGCCUCAGCUACCCUGGCGCAACCGAGCUGAUUCGUGACCAAAUGGAGGAGGACAUUUCGCUGUUGUUCCAACUGGAACGCUACAUCACCGCGCGUGUGGAAAUGGAUCGUGCCCACGCCAUGCAGGUCAAGGAGCAGGCCGAAGAAACAAAGAGCUUUCUUGACGCCUUAAAGUAUCAGAAUGGGCCCGUCUUCCAGGGUUUCCGCAAAGUGCUACUGGGGCACAUUUUGGCGAGCCAGCACGUUGUUGAGCAGACAAAGGCCGCCAAGCUGGAGGUCAUUAAGAGUGUACAAGAUGUAAAGGCGGCGAAGCAGACUGUUCGCGAUGUGUUUGACAGCAUCAACAACCCCAUCAACAGCGAGUAUUCGCGUCACGUGGACACCAUCACGGAGUUGAAGGCGCAGCUGCGCGCCCAGUGUAAGGCGUUCUCGGACAAGCACAAGAAACUCAAGGGCGUUUCGCCGGGAAAGAAGAACUACAACAAACUCCGCGAGCAGCUGAAGGAAGCAACCAUCGCCAUGCACACGACGUUCUGCAAACUGUAUGUGAGCGCCAUGGAUGCCAAGGAGCACGUUGACACCUACUUCCAGGAGGAGCUGCCGACGCUGCUGGAAGGAAUUGAGGAACAGAACCGGUUUCUCGUCGGCGACGUCAAGCGCUGUCUUCGGGAGAUGCACGAGCGCUUUGAUUACGCCGACAAGGAAAUGCAGGGCAUCUCCGCACAGAACUUGCGGUUCAUUUCGGCCAUCGACCCCUCGCGCGAGUACCAGCAGCUGAUGGCGUCGUUCGAUGCGCCGAAUGACAACCCAGAGUGCAAACUGGACGACGAAACAAACCUCAAGGACACAGAGGACCUCUUGAUCACCACAAACUCAGGCAUCACGGACCCAAAGCGCCUGCUCUUCGCCGACACGACAAAGGACUGCCUUGAGCAAAUCUGCACGGAGGAGCGCAAGUUUGCUGAGGACCGCAGCCAGCACCUCGCAACCAAGGAGACGCAGCUGCACGAGAUGGAGGACAGUGCGGUCUGGUUGGACAAUGCGCCACCGGCCACCGACCGCGAUGCCUUCAACCUCCGCCGCAGCCUGUUAACGAACGUGCAGAACAUUCACUGCAAGCGCGUCGAAGUGGCCAGCCUCCGCUCAAAGCAACGCCGACACAAGACUGUGGCAGACCUUGUUGGAGGGUUUCUCGAUGAGCAAGGUACAGCCGAGCCUGCAGCGUGGUCGGAUCUGAUUGGCGUCGAAGCGCCUGCUGAUUCCCCGACGAAGAAGCGAUCGCAGUCUCUCCUCCAGAAACUCAACCCGUUCAGCCGCGGCAGUUCGAGGACGUCUGUCGCAUCAGCAGAGAGCGAUCACCGUGGCAGCACGUCCAGUUCCAGUCAUCACGAGACCACCACCACCGCACCGCUCAAGGAAGAGCCAGCAGCGGAGAAUGAAGUGGGUGACGCCAGUGGUAGCGAUGGUCACAGUGGCCAAGAUAAGGCUGCAGCUGCACAGGCAUCGACCACCACAGCGACGGCAGCCGAGGACAACAGUCACGUGCAGCACAGCACCGCUGCCACAACAACUGGGGAGACCACGCAACAUGGGGGCACUGAGGACGCCGCUGGUGAUGAUGACGGUGAUGGUGGACACAUGAACAUGCAGGACGAGUACGGCGACACCGAAGUCGAAGGCGGCGAUGUCUCACACGGAGAUGCAGCCGCUACUGCCACAACCGAGCAACUGCGUGACAAGAACAAGCCUGCACCCGCAACGGGCGAGGAGCAUACAUCUGGGAAGAGCGGAGAUGCCGAUGCUGAUGUUGCUGAUGAUGUGUACACGGAUGGGCAGGCCGCCAACGAUGUCCAGCAUGACCAUGCCGUGGAGGGGGCAGCACCAGUUGGAGAAACAGCACCGCAGCAGGCGCCCGCUGGCAGCAGCAACAGCGGCAAUGAUGAGCAGGACGAAACUGCCGGGUACGAGCUGCAGUCAGAGUUUGAGAGUGUUCUCGACAAAGUGGACGAGGAGCAGCACGGCAAACCGUUGGCCGACCGCCCGCUGCCGCCCGUCCCGCCACCAGCGGAUGCACCCAAGCCAAGCGCCCAGAGCUUCUACCUGAAACCGCAGGAGCGGACGGAGAGUGACGGCCCGGAGGACGGACCGGCGCCACCGGUGCCACCGCGCGGCUCCAAGCCUGCACGCCCUACUGAGUCUGCGGUCAACAUGCCACUGCCCAACACCCCGCGCCCACCGGCACCAUCACCUCCCGCGCCGCCCCCGAGCGUGUACACGCGCCGCUAUCUCGUGUCCCGCCCUCGCGAGCCCUUUGAUCCGCUCAGCUCAACCAUCCCAUUCCCAAUCGAUGUCGCGGUUGCGCUUGAGGACCAGCCGUGGUUCUUUGGCGAUAUUGCGCGGCAGGGCGCGGAGCAGCUGCUGGAGCAGCCAGGCGACUUCCUCGUUCGCUUCAGCACGAACAAGAACCGCAACAUUGUGACAGUGGCAGACCAGUUCAUGCAGGCGCGCCAUUACGUGAUUGAGGAAGGGGAGGGGCUCUGCUGGAUUCAGCAGCUGUCAUUCCCGUCAACCCCUGCACUCGUCGCACACCACGUGCACACGCGUGCGCCCAUCACACCGACGGGCGCCCAAGCGAAGUUUCCUGUGUUCCGCAUGGAGAUGGGAGAAGUCAAGGUCUGGUACAACUCAGAGCUUCAGCAGAUCAGAGACCUUGGCUCAGGCCAUUUUGGCGCUGUCAAGUUGAUGAAAGAUACCCGCACGAGCGAGCAGUACGCAGUCAAGACGUGCACGAACGACACGAUCCUGGACACCAAGGAGUUUAUGCGAGAGGCAAUCACGUUCUCGCAUCUCGCGCACAAGAACAUUGCACGCAUGUUUGGCGUCACCAACGACACCCCACUGCGCAUUGUGAUGGAGCUGUGCGAAAAUGGCGCUCUGCUCAAUUACCUCCGGGAUAAAGGACCACACGAACCACGGCAGCAGCUCUGGUGGUGCCAACAGGUGUGCGAGGGCAUGAUCUACUUGAGCGAGCAGAACUGCAUCCACCGCGACCUUGCUGCCCGCAACACGCUCCUCGCAAACGAUCUCACGGCAAAGAUUUCCGACUUUGGGCUUAGCCGCUUGGUGUCUGGAGAUGAAGGCCUCUAUCAAGUCAGAUUCACCAAGGCGAUGCCGAUUCGCUGGACAGCGCCAGAAGCACUCUUCUACAGCACAUUCAGCCUCAAGAGUGAUGUCUGGUCAUUUGGUGUGCUGAUGUAUGAGGUGUUCUCGGGCGGUAAGAUUCCAUACGCCGGGUACGCCACCAACGAGGAAGUGAAACAAUUCGUCGACCGAGGCGGCCACCUGGAGAAUCCCGGCACAACGGACGCCAUGUUCCAGAUCAUGCAGCGGUGCUGGGUCACAGAGGUGCAAGAUCGCAUUUCGUUCCGCGAGCUUUCGGGCCUCUUGACAGCCAUCGAGUCUGACUUUAUUGGUUCAACGGACUCAUAAACACUCGCACAACACCACAACACGCCCCCUUCACCCACACAACACGCACAUACAACACACAUACAACACACAACACAUACAACACCAGAUUACCCUAUUUUCACUUCCUCAAUUCCUGGCACUCUUGUUGUCGCUUUGUGUCCAGUUGCGGCCAUUUUUUUUUUCAACUUCUUUUGUUUUGUUCUUUUGCACGCCUUUCCUGUUUGACAUUCGUCAUUUCACAUCACCAUCUUCCCAAUUGUCCUUCGUUUGCACGCACCGUUUCGCCAGUUGUGUCACUGUUUCUUUUCGUUUACCAACACGUUCACGGCCGCAAAGUGCACACGCACGCACACCACCGCCUCUCGUUACUCCCAAUAGACGAACCAAACGCG